CGACGUUUGAGUGUGAGGUGUCGGGAGUAUGAAGUCCCGGUCCGGAAUAUCGUACAGUCUUAGGUGAUGACCUGUGCCGUAGCCCGCAUCUGGGAGGAAGAAGUAGGCGGACGGCCUAAAGAAGAUGAGGUGGUUGGAAUGACCCGAAAGAGGAAGUCGACGACACCCAUCAAGGAAGACGACCGGAAGCGGAGGAAGUGCUGCUCCCCGUUCCGACCGUGGACGCCGCAGGAAGAGCCACUGCCACUGGUGUCGAAGCGCUCUGCGAGCCCCAGCAGUUCCGGUUCCGGCCAGCGCAGGAACUACAAGAACAUGACGCGGGAGAGGAGGAUCGAGGCGAACGCCAGGGAGAGGACGAGGGUCCACACCAUCAGCGCCGCCUUCGAGACCCUCAGGAGGGCGGUGCCCGCGUACUCCCACAACCAGAAGCUCAGCAAGCUCAGCGUUCUCAGGAUAGCCGCCUCCUACAUCCUCACCCUCUCCAGGGUCAUCGGCGAGGACUACUCCGCCGACCAGAGCAAUCCGUCCUUGGAGGAGUGCAUAGACAACGUAUCCAACACCAUCCAGAUGGAAGGCAAGCUCAAGAAGAAGUGAUUCUUGUGGACAGGACUGGAGUCUCUUUCAGUAAUGAUUAGCAUUGAACGAAUCUACGUAAUCCGCUUUUCAGACUACAUUUUAUCAAAUUAUUAACCUCUAUCUAAAACUUCACGACUUCAUGUUAUCACAACCUACAACUUUUUUUAUCUAUGAAAUUUUUUAGAAAAGUGGCGCUUUCUCAUUAAAUUAAUUAGGUUAUGAAAGCUUCUUGUGAAUACCCCUUUGCUUUCUAUUUGAAUCGUAAGAUAAAAGAUGUUUUACAAAAAUAUUGGGCCAUGGGAGUUAUAUAAUCUCGCUAUUUUAAAAUUUUGGGGUUGGAGGUCACACCCAACAGCCUAAUAUUUUUGUAAGCCACCAUUUUUCUCCAUUUUGUGUUCAAAUGGUGAUAUCAAAAUGAUCGAAUUUCACGAUUUAAGUGGAAAACAAAUAGAUGUUCAUGUGUUUUACCUCAUUAAGUAAACGAAGUUUACCGAUCUCCAGAUUGAAAACGCUCCAUUUCUGGGUAUUUUCAUUGACCAAAAGGUUGUAGGCUAAGAAAAGAUGAAGGCAUUCAUGAAGUUUUGAUGGAUGUUUUGAUAAACUCCGGACUAACUGUUACUCCAUUAUCUUCAUUUUUUUGGAUUAAUCGAUUCUUCACAUAAAUUGAUAUAUUGGAAGGAUUCCACACAUAUCCGAGUCCAAAAGACGUUCUUGAUAGAUAAAUAUUAGACUGAGUACUUCAUAAUAUUUAUUCUAAGCUGUAAAAAUGACUGGAGUUAUGGUGAGAGACUAAACUCAUAGCCUUGAAGAUUGUGAAGUGGAAUGAACGGAACCCUUUUUGAGUGAACUAUUGUACAAUAGACCCUUUGAAGGGAUUAAUAGAGUUGGAAGACUGCUGCAUUGUCCCUGUACUGAUCUCAAUUGUCUUACAAAUUACAAUAGUACUUUUAACAUCAUAAUUUUAAAACUCACUAACAUUGUCAUACUGGAAAGGAAAACUAACCAUUAAAAUUAAAUAAGAAAAUAAACAAAAUUUCAGCUCAGAAUCUGGGAAAGAUCAUAGUUUAGUAAAUCCUCAAAUAAUCAGUCAUGAACUCCUAAGUGAGUGGAUGAACUUAUUUAGUUAAAUAUUUCCUAUCCCAUAUUCUCAGCAGAAACAAAUCCUUACAACAUGUUUAUGUUAAUAUCUAAUGAUAGAAAUUAAUUAUUAAUCUGUUUCCAGCUAACUGUUUAAAAUUAUUUUUUGAAAUAUUGCAGAUGGUUCAAUUAUGAAGGAAAAACAAAUUUUUUUGAGACUGCAAAAAGUAAAUAUUUCAUCAGGAGGAUAUUUCAUCUUGUUAGACUUUUUGUCCCUGAACAGUUUUUAAUCACAUCAAAUCAAUAAAAAAAUUAGACCACAAAACCACUUCCAAAAUUUUUAAGUGUAAAUUAGUGCAGAAAAAAUAUGUUAACAAAUUAUCACAGGUAACAAAUUUUAAACUAAAAAUAAUUGAAUCCAUUAAAAAAUAUAAUAAUUAUCAAUAAAAUAUCCUAUCAAUAACAGCUUAGUGCAAUUAAGAUAAUUCAUCUCAUUAUUUUUCUGAAAAUGCUGAUUUUUUUAUAAAAGUUUAAAAAAAUAUUCUUGUCUAACAUAACAUUUUUUAAAUUUUUAUAUUUUAGCUUUUAGAAAUAAAUCAUAUUAGUGGGAUCAAAAUCUGUAUUAAAUCAAAUGCUUACAAAAAAUAUAAAUUUUAUAAAAUUUAUUAAAUUUUCUAUUGAUUAUAAAUAUAAUAAUAUAAAAAGAUAUAGGAAACCUAAUAUUUGUAUUUGAUUUAAAUCGAUGUUUAAAAAAAAUCUUAACUAAUGUUCUGAAGAAAAAUAGUUUGGAUUUUAUAAUGAUAAAAAUAGUAUCUAUUUUAUUUAAGAUUUUUUUAUUGAGAAAUAAUACAUUUUGCCACACUUAAGGGCAUCGAGUACUAAAGCUCAGUGAGACACAUUCAUACUGUAAUACAAUACAAUAAAAAAUAAAUAAAUAUAUAUCUACAUAACAAAGGCAAAAACUAUAAAACCAAAGAAGUGUAACUUGAAGUCAAACUAAAUAAAAUACAGAAAUUCGUGGCAAAUUAAAUGAAUUCUAUUUUAUAGUGUACUAUAUUGUACAUGCAAAUAUUAACAUAGAAAAUUUCCAAACAUUUUUAAUUUUUCAUUUUGAUUGCUGAACUACAAAAUAGUUUUAUUUUUCUUCUGGUCUAUUAUUGUUUAAUAUUGGGAGCAAAUUUUUUUUUAUGAUCUUUUUUUCCCCUGAUGAAAUAUUUAUGAUUUUGUCUAUUGCAUGAUUUUUUUAUUACCCACCUAUAGUAAAUUUGUAUAAAAAAAUUAUAAUAGAAAAACCAUGUGUCAAAGUAUGUUUUAAAUUUGUAUUUUCUGAUUUAAGCAUUGUUACGUCCAAAACGCUUAAUCAUUUAUAAGUUUGUAAAUAAGUUGUACAUAAAAAAUUAAAGCUGUGAUCUACCAGUACAAUGCUAACUUUUUUUCUCAGCGCUCAAUAAUAAAUAUUUUAAGAAUAGCUAGUUUUGCUGGAUUUAAAACCAGAUCCAGAAUUUAUUUUUAUCAAAAUGAGAAUAAGAAAUUUUAAAAAAUUCUUUAAUUAGAUAAACUGUGUACAUAGUGUCUUCUGUUUUUGAUAUUUUAAAAUAAAAAAGCAUUGCACAAAACUAGGAUUAAGUUUUUCGUGUACUGAUGUAAAUAUGAAUAAAUGUACAAAUGUGUAUUAUAAGAGUUAUUAAAUAUGUUUUAUCAUUUAUUUUAACAAUAAUUUAUGUUUCAUGCAACAAUAUAAUAUAUUGUUAUGCAUAUAUUAUAUGCCGGCAUUUUGCAAUAGCAUUGAAAUUGUUUGUUGUAUGUGGGUUGAAUACUUCCAUUUUGUGAAUCAAGUGAUUCAUGGAAAAUAAAAUUUCAAAACAAUAAACCUAUUAUUUUUGUUUGAA